AUGUUAAGCUUGUUGAAGAAUCUAACUGAUUUGAGGAUUAAACCGAUCGAAUUGCAGCCCAACCCCAAAAAUCAGCCACGAUGCUCAUGUAUCCGGCGCCUGGAGAACGAAGUGCGCCAAGCACGUCGGAACAGCAAAAAAGACACGGACUUCAAGGAGUUGCAUCCAAGCUACGGAGAACUUGAGCGAUGCGCUCGCCAAGGUUGCAGAGGCUGUAUGGUAGUGCGGCAGGCUCUAGUUCUAGCCCAGAUUACCGGCCAGCAAGUCGAAGAUGUUGAGAAACGAGACGACUCGGUCUAUGUUAGAUGGCAGGGCGGACAGACUACAGGGGCGGGACUGCCACCCAAGCCAACCUUACAGGUCACUCUGGGGAUGCCCCAAAAGGACAUCAAGACGGUAAGCAUCGCAAUCACGACGAACAUUGAAGUCCCAAGACUUCCAGACACGCAAUUCGAGAAAGUCGUUCCACAAAUCAAAGAGUGGCUGGACAACUGCUGUAAAAAUCACAGAGGAAAAUGCGGCAAUCUUUCCUGGUCAAAUGAGAACCCCAAGCGACUGAUCGAGAUCUUAUCGGAUUCAGAAUUGAGAUUGAUCGAUACUUCACGCCUUGCCAAGGUGGAUUAUGUUGCUUUGAGUUAUUGUUGGGGGCCCGGUCAGCCCGAGAAAACGACCACAUCCACGAAUCUGGCGCUUCGACAAGACAAAUUCCAAAUGUCAGAAAUGCCAAAGACUAUACAACAUGCCCUGAAACUCGUGAGUAGACUUGGGCUUGCAUACCUGUGGGUCGACCAAGUUUGCAUCGUUCAAUCGAACAGAACGGGCGUCCAGAGGAACAAUGUCUGGACGAACCAUGUUCAAGACGACGGCACCCAGGACGGCACCGACCCUGACCCUGGAGAGUGGAAACUGGAAGCUUCAAAGAUGCACAUUGUUUAUGGUAACGCGCUCUUUACUCUUUGUGCUUGUUCGAGUGAGCGAUCAACAGACCCACUGCUCUGGCCCCGAAAAGCAUGGACUUAUCCUGUUUCUCCCUUUUACUUCCUGGGUGACUGGCUUGUGAAUGUUGACAUGACACUCAAAGAAGUAAGAACACGAGCGCUGCUAUCUACACGCGGAUGGACUUUGCAAGAGGAACGACUCUCCCCCAGGCUCUUAUACUUCUGUGGCCAGAGAGUGUACUGGUCGUGCUUUCUGGAACAACGCACGGAACUUCCUGCGGGCGGCACAGCGCAAAACCGUCCUUCAGCUAGACCAUUUGCACUCGGAAACGAGUAUGGGGGAUUGAGUGAAGCACAAACGUUCCUCGGCCUGCGAUACUACGGUGACAAGAUAAGGUUACACAGAGAGUGGCUGGACCUGGUCGAAGCUUACUGUUUACGAAAUCUGACAGUAGCAGCAGACAGGUUUCACGCAAUAUCUGGCCUCGCCACACAGUAUCUCUCCGUCUACCGUACAAAGGACAAUGAAAUAUGGGAUCAAGAGUAUUUGGCAGGUCUUUGGCGCAAAACCUUUGCGGAAGACCUGGCAUGGUCAGUCGAAAAGGCAUGUGAUCCUCACAAAGGGCUGCCAGAUCUCGCACCGAGCUGGUCGUGGGCUUCCCUCCCUCUCCGUACUCGAAUCAAGACGAAGCAGCCAAUCAAACAUAUUGAAGACUUUGCCUUGCUAAAAGAAUCUGCAACACAUUACGAAGAAUCUUCGAUGAGCAACAGUUUAAAGAACGUAAGCCUGGAGUCUGUGGCUAAUUCCCUUGAUGUCUGCCGUAAAGAAGCAGAAAAGGGAGCGGAGAAUAAAAGUGUCUUGGUGAGAGGCCGCGUGCAGAAGCUCAUGAACACAAGGUUCCAGCAGAUCGACUGGUCUGAGAUACAAAUUGACUCUGAAAUUGGGGACGAGUACGACAUCUCGAGGUAUAUUGACCGGCAUGUCUACGCCCGAAAUCUUGAAAAUGGCAAGAUCGUGAUAUAUGAGCCCAACAAGCACUGGAUGGAAGGGCAGCUGGAUUAUCUGGUCCCGUCGGGUGAUGUGGUGAGUACGGGUCUCAAAGCACAGGUCUAUAUUCCGACCGGUACGGAAAGGGAUCUUCUGGGUCUUCAAAUUGGUAAAGAGACGAUGCUGCUACUGCAGUCCAGCGAAUGGCCCACUCAUCGAAGAGAGACGAAGAGUACGGAUAGGAAAUCCGGAGACAAUGCAAUGGCACCAUCUUGUUGUCGGGUAGGUAUUUGUCGGACUGUUGGAGAAGCGUUCUUCGACGGGGCUGAGCUCGUGGAUCUUGUACUCGUGUGA